AUGACGGACUACGAAGCGACGUACGAGACCAACGGAGAAGAUCUAGACAACUAUGGCUCCUCCCCUAAGCCGCGUACCACCAGUCACGGUGGCUCCAAUGAUCACAGAGACUCCAAGUCUCAGAAUGUUAGUCUAGACAUCGAGAAAGAUAGAAAGCGCGAGUCUUCUAGAAGCAAGGAAAAGGUAAGGGAGAAAGGAUACAACAAAGACAGGGGCAGGGACAGAGAUCGGGACCAGGACCGGGACCGUCACCACAGAGACCGCCACAGGGACCGGAGCGAAAAAAGGGAGAGGACUAGAGAUCGGGAUGAUGAUGUUUAUUAUAGGAGCCGAGACCAAGACAGGAAGAGAGAUUAUGACAGAGACAGAGAGGAUAAGCACAGAUCUCGUUCAAGGGCUAGAUCUGAGCACAGAUCAAGGUCACGAUCUCGUUCACGCUCCAAAAGGAAGAGAGAUUAUGACAGAGACAGAGAGGAUAAGCACAUAUCUCAUUCAAGGGCUAGAUCUGAGCACAGAUCAAGGUCACGAUCUCGUUCACGCUCCAAAAGGUAG